UCACGUGCACUAUUAGCAAAGUAGGCCUGGGCUGGCACUGCUUCCUCUUUCUGCUUCUCUGUUUCCUGAUGACGUCAACAUGAAUAGGAAGUGUAGGAGGCUCACACUGCCUAGAGGCUCCAGAAGAAGGCUGGACUCUCCGACCGCAUAGAGGCCUGGAGGAGGCAGAGGCCAGGAGGGAGAGGUCCCAAGAACCUGUGAAAUGGAUCUGGCCUGGCUCCCAGCUGGGCAGGAACACAGGGCUUCAGGACACUGAGGACCCUGCCACGCCCAUGGCCAGCACCCACCAGUGCUGGCACCUGCCUGUCCAGAGCUGACCAGGGAGAUGGCACUGGCCCAGAGGCUGCUCUCCAUGGCCCUGCUGGCCCUGUGCUGGGGGCGCAGACUGGCAGGGGCAGAAGAGACCAUCCCGCUGUGGACCCUGCGCUGCUACAAUGACUACACCAGCCACAUCACCUGCAGGUGGGCGGACACCCAGGAUGCCCAGCAGCUUGUCAACGUGACCCUCAUUCGCCGGGUGAAUGACAGGGACCUUCCAGAGCCAGUGUCCUGUGACCUCAGUGAAGACAUGCCCUGGUCAGCCUGCCCCUAUCCCCGCUGCAUGCCCAGGAGAUGUAUCAUUCCUUACCAGAAUUUUGUCGUCACGGACGUUGACUACUACUCAUUCCAACCAGACAGGCCUCUGGGCACCCAGCUCACCGUCACUCUGACCCAGCAUGUCCAGCCUCCUGCGCCCAAGGACCUGUGGAUCAGCACCGACCAGGACCACUUCCUGCUGACCUGGAGUGUGGCCCCUGGGAGGCCCCAGAGCCACUGGUUGUCCCUGCGGGAUCUGGAGUUUGAGGUGGUCUACAAGCGGCUCCAGGACUCUUGGGAGGAUGCAGCCACCCUCCUCUCCAACACCUCCCAGGCCACCCUGGGGCCAGAGCACCUCAUGCCCAGCAGCACCUAUGUAGCCCGAGUGCGGGCCCGCCUGGCCUCAGGCUCUCGGCUCUCCGGACGUCCCAGCGAGUGGAGCCCAGAGGUUCGCUGGGACUCCCAGCCAGGGGACGAGGCCCAGCCCCAGAACCUGCAGUGCUUCUUUGACGGGGCCGCCGUGCUCAGCUGCUCCUGGGAGGUGAGGCAGGAAGUGACCAGCUCAGUCUCCUUUGGCCUCUUCUACAAGCCCAGCCCAGAUGCAAGGGAGGAAGAGUGCUCCCCAGUGCUGAGGGAGGGGCUCGGCAGCCUCUACACCAGGCACCACUGCCAGAUUCCCGUGCCCGACCCUGGGACCCACAGCCAAUACAUCGUCUCCGUUCAGCCAAGGAGGGCAGAGAAACGCAUAAAGAGCUCAGAAAACAUCCAGAUGGCCCCUCCAUCCCUCAACGUGACCAGGGAUGGAGACAGCUACAGUCUGCGCUGGGAAACAAUGAAAAUGCAAUAUGAACACAUAGACCACACAUUUGAGAUCCAGUACAUGAAAGACACGGCCACGUGGAAGGACAGCAAGACCGAGACCCUCCAGAACGCCCACAGCAUGGCCCUGCCAGCCCUGGAGCCCUCCACCAGAUACUGGGCCAGGGUGAGGGUCAGGACCUCCCGCACCGGCUACAAUGGAAUCUGGAGCGACUGGAGUGAGGUGUGCUCCUGGGACACCGAGUCUGAGUUUCCUGUUACCAUGGAAGCAAGAAAAUCUAGAGCCGCAGACUGGGUCCUUGGACUGCAAGUGCUGCCCAUGUGGGUGCUGGCUCUGGUCGUGAUCUUCCUCACCAUCGCUGUGCUCCUGACCCUCCGCUUCUGUGGCAUCUACGGGUACAGGCUGCGUAGAAAGUGGGAGGAGAGGAUCCCCAACCCCAGCAAGAGCUACCUGUUCCAGAACGGGAGCUCAGAGCUUUGGACCCCAGGCAGCAUGUUGGCCUUCACCAGCGGGAGCCCCCCACACCAGGGGCCGUGGGACAGCCAGUUCCCUGAGCUGGAGGGGGUGUUCCCUGUAGGAUUCGGGGACAGCGAGGUGUCACCUCUCACCAUAGAGGACCUCAGGCAUGUCUGUGAUCCACCAUCUGGGCCUGACGCGACUCCAGCUGCCUCAGAUCUGCCCACAGAGCAGCCCCCCAGCCCCCAGCCAGGCCCGCCUGCCUCCUCCCACACGCCUGAGAAGCAGGUUUCCAGCUUUGACUUCAAUGGGCCCUACCUGGGGCCGCCCCACAGCCGCUCCCUGCCUGACAUCCUGGGCCAGCCAGAGCCCCCACAGGCGUGUGGGACCCAGAAGUCCCCACCUCCAGGGUCCCUGGAGUACCUGUGUCUGCCUGCUGGGGGGCAGGUGCAGCUGGUCCCUCUGGCCCAGGCGAUGGGACAUGGCCAGGCCAUGGACGUGGAGAGGAGGCCGAGCCAGGAGGCUGCAGGGAGUUCCUCCCUGGAGUCCAGGGGAGACACUGCCCCUCCUGCUCUUGGGCCAAGGGUGGGAGGACAGGGCCCAAAGGACAGCCCUGUGGCUGUACCCGCAAGCUCUGGGGUUCCUGAGGACCCUGGAGUGGCCUCUGGUUACGUCUCCUCUGCAGACCUGGUAUUCCCCCCACACUCAGGGGCCUCGGCGGUCUCCCUGGUUCCCUCUCUGGGCAUCCCCUCAGACCAGACCCCCAGCUUCUGUCCUGGGCUGGCCAGUGGACCCCCUGGAGCCCCAGGCCCUGUGAAGUCAGGGUUUGAGGGCUAUGUGGAGCUCCCUCCAACUGAGGGCCAGUCCCCCAGGUCCCCAGUGAACAAUCUUGUCCCCCCUGAGGUCAGAAGCCCUGUCCUGAAUCCAGGGGAACGCCGGGCAGAUGUGUCCCCAACAUCCCCACAGCCCGAGGGCCUCCUUGUCCUGCAGCAGGUGGGCGACUAUUGCUUCCUCCCAGGCCUGAGCCCUGGCCCUCUCUCACCACGGAGUAAACCCUCUUCCCCGGGACCCUGUCCUGAGAUCAGGGAUCUAGACCAGGCUUUUCAAGUCAAGAAGCCCCCAGGCCAGGCUGUGCCCCAGGUGCCCGUCAUUCAACUUUUCAAAGUCCUGAAGCAGCAGGACUACCUGUCUCUGCCCCCUUGGGAGGUCAACAAGCCUGGGGAGGUGUGUUGAGACGCUCAGACCUAGACAGGCAAGGGGAUGGAGAGAACUUACCUUCCCUCCCACCUGACCUUCCUCAGUCAUUUCUGCAAAGCCAAGGGGCAGCCUCCUGUCGAGGUAGCUGGAGGCCUGGGAAAGGAGUUAGCCUUGCUCCAGAGCCCUUGACCUUCGGCAAAUCACUUCUCUCCCUGCGCUCACACACACACACAUGUACGUGUACACAUUUUUCCCCUCAAGUUAACUUAUUUGUAGGUUCUGAAUUAUUAGAACUUUCUAGACAUACUCAUUCCAUCUCCCCCUCAUUUUUUUAAAUCAGGUUUCCUUGCUUUUGCCAUUUUUCUUCCUUCUUUUUCCACUGAUUUAUUAUGAGAGUGAGGCUGAGGUCUGAGCAGAGCCUUGUCAGACUGAGACGCGUCUGGUUGUGUUUAGGAUUUGUGUGGGCUGCCUGUCCCCGGCAGGUGCUGAUGCAUAUGACAUGAUUCUCAUCUGGGUGCAGAGGCGGGAGGCACCAGGUGGGCACAGUGGGAGUUGGGGCUUGGAAGAGUGGGAGUGGCACAGGAUUGGGCAUGCUCAGUGAGGCUCAGGGAAUUCAGACUAGCCUUGAUUGCCAUUCUGAGAAAUGGGCAUGGUAAUGCGGGUGGCGGGGUGCAAGGGACGUACAUGAGAGACUGAGAGCUUCUGGGGAGCCCUGCUGGUGAUGUCUGCGGGACCUCCAGUCCCCUGACACCCCAUGUCAUGUAGAGAAGUUAACGGCCCAAGUGAUGGGCCGGCUGGUGGGACCUGGGAAACAUCAGGAGAGGAGUCCAGAACCCACGUCUACUGCAGAAAAGUCGGGGGAAACUGCCUAACAAAGGAAAAUGCCCCAAAGACAUAUAUGCUUUAGGGCCUUUGGUCCAAAUGGCCCAGCUGGCCACUCUUCCAGAUAGACCGGGCAACUCUCACUCCCACCGGCCACAGAUGAAGGGCUGCUGGUCAAUGCCUGGGCCUACACCAAGGAUUACGUUUCCUUUAAAUCUUUGCCUUUCAGAUACAUGAAAAAUAAUGGCAUUAAAUUGCUUUAAUUUGCAUUAUUUUUGUUAUCCAGUUUGCACAUUUUUUAUAGGCAUCUUAGGCAUUGAUUGGUGUUUUUUAACUGGGCCAAGCACAUUAAGGUUUUUCUUCUGUUGGGUGCUAUCAUUUUCUGAUUAAGUUUUUUCAACUAUUAACAUAUGGUCUUUCAUGGAUGAUGGAGUGUUUUUCCCCCAAAUCUGUAGUUUGUCUUAUAAUGUUGUAUUUGAGGUUUUAUGGUGUAUAAAUGUGAAUGCUUCUGUAAUGUCAAACUGAUCCCUAGUAAACUCCUUCUUCACUUUUACUGUCAAAUUUACAAAGGUCUUCCCACUGCAAAGCAGCGUUUGUCCUAAUUUAUAUAAUUUUUUCUCGUUCAUUUUGUGUUUCCAACUUUUCAUGUAAAAUUUUAAUUGUUUUUGAAUGUAUGGAUGUGAGAUGGAGGUGCCUUUUGGUAUUGAAAUUCUUUUUCCAUGUAUCUGAAGUGUUACUUUUGUGAUAUAGGAAGUUCUUGUAUAUGUACUUCAUCGGCCCCUAGGCUUCCUCUUUUGUUACCUCAUUCUCUCUAUGGCAUCCACCAUUUUGAUUGUUCUACUUGUAUAUGUUUUCAUAAGUGGUUAAGCAAGUGUUCUCGUUGCUUUUGCUCUUAAAUCCCUGUUCAUUACAGCAAUGUUGGUGGUCAAAGAAAAUGAUAGAUGACUUAAAUGUUCAAUGGUCCUGAAAUUCAUAACAACAUUUUAGCACAUUGUAAAGUAGAAUCCUCUGUUCAUAAUGAACAAGAUGAACCAAUGUGGAUUAGAAAGAAGUCCGAGAUAUUAAUUCCAAAAUAUCCAGACACUGUUAAAGGGGAAAAGUUGCAAUAAAAUAUCUGUAACAUAAAACAAAGUGAAA